AUGAACUUCACAGUCUGCAUCAAAACUGCGAAAUUCAACCUCCAUCUCCAUCCUCAGUGCCAAAGAACAGCCCCAAUCCUCCACGCUCUCCUCCAUGAUUUACUUUUGGCUACAGUCGACGCCGGCAUCACUCACGAUACCGACGUUAAUCAUUGCUGCCAUACGUUGGCUCAGCUCGUCUUCGAUUGGGUAAAAUCAAUCCUCGCCAGAGACUUCUUCCACCGUUUUCAUGAAGCUGAUGAGGACGACGAAGAGUACGCUAAGAACCCUCAACAUCUGGAGGAAGGUGCCUUCAGUGGCUGUCCUCCAAACAAGGUCGCUAACUGGGUAACAGUCCUGUCCAGACAUGAAGUCCGACCUUCCGCUAUGGUUGAGGAGAUUUGCAACAUAAAGACCAACUCGCUCAGCCAACUGGUCAUGCUCGCUACGCCAAAGUCGACCUCAAUUUGGCAGAAGGAACCUUUUCCACCCACCACGUCACCGUGA